AAAAGUUAUUGUCAUUGGGUUUAUACUUUUUUACUAGGCUAGACCUACUGCACUAGCAUGUCUGCCUGUAGACUGCUGAGACUGGUAGAUGAGGAUAAUAAAUCUGUCGUCUGGUCAUUGGAUGAUGAUGAUGAUACACUGAACAUGUUAUUUUAAAAUUAAUAAAGUGUACACCUGCUUGCAGCAUGCAUUGCAUCACGCGUACAGCACGGUCAAAUUCUUGACACGAAAGCAAAAGAAAUGGCCUAUAUGAUACCAAGUCUAAAAACUGUAUGCGGUUGAUAGCAAUCGGCCAUUGUUCAAAUGAACUGUAAAUUGAAAAUACAACAUGGACUAUAUUAGAAUAAAUGGCCAUGAACUUUAAUCAGACAUUUUAUGUCAUUUUUAGUAGUAGGUUAGAUAUCACAAAUGAUGCCACAAACACGGCAAAGUAAGAGAAGGUCAGCGCCUUCCAAAACAUCCCCACCUAAGCGUCGGAAAAGUACACCUGCCGAAGAAAUCAAGGAUGUAUCACCGAUAAAAGAUGAAGAAUACCAGGAUAAUAAUGAUCCAGAUGAUGACGAUAUCCUGGAGAGUGAUGGCGAAGAGGAGAUUAUUGAAGAAGAGAUUGAUCAGGAGCCGGAUGAUGAGCCUGCAGUUGAUUCCAGGGACAAUGAUUCUCCUCAACAUGAUCAGGACAUUGAUCUUAACCUUGAACAUGAUGGAGAAAAUAAUGAAGACAAUGGAAAUGAAGAUUUUGAUACUCGAAGCGAAGCUACAUCAGACUCUGGGCGUUCAGCGGGGGCUGAAAAUGAUGACGAACCUCUAUAUGAUGACGACUAUGAAAAAGAAACAUAUGAUGAUAGACGUAGCAGUGAUGAUAGAGAUAGCCGUGGUAUUUCACCAAUUGUUUUUAAUCGUUCGGAUACUUCAGAUGAGGAAGAAGAUGUUGCCCCACCAGGCGAGAGUGAAGAGGAAAAGCCUAAAAAGAGCAUAGUCAUUCCACCAGCUGAAAUUCGUACUCAGCGCCGAGAUAGACAUAGUAAAAUGUUAAAGUAUCUAUUUCGAGAUGCUAGAUUUUUUGUUAUUAAAAGCAAUAAUCAUGAAAAUGUUUCACUUGCUAAAGCAAAAGGGGUGUGGUCGACACCGCCGAGCAAUGAACACAAGCUGACUAAGGCUUUCAAAGAAAGCAGAAAUGUCAUUCUCAUUUUCUCUGUUCGAGAAAGUGGUGCCUUCCAAGGUUUCGCUCGUAUUUCCACUGAAGCAAGACAUGAUUACGGACCCAUUCAUUGGGUUUUACCAGCUGGUUUGAGUGCGAGAGCACUUGGAGGUGUUUUCAAAAUUGAUUGGAUGUGUCGCAGAGAACUUUCUUUUAUCAAGACUGGUGAUAUACGUAACCCAUUUAAUGAUAACAAACCAGUAAAAAUCGGCAGAGAUGGACAAGAAGUUGAACCCAACGCAGGAAAAGUUUUGUGUUUAGAAUUUCCUCAUGAUGAUGGAGUAGAUUUAGAAUCGAUUAUACACAGAGUAAGAAAGAGGGAAAAGGAAAUGGGCAAUGUACGUUAUGAAGUUCCUCGUUAUCCAGUUCCUGAUAAUGGCCCUAGGAGUAGAGCUGCUAGAAGUGGACGAGGCAAAGAUUUUAACAGAGGUCCAAGAACUUUUCCAAGGCGGGAUGAUGGUGGGGGAAGAGAUCCACGCUCCUAUUCAAAAGAUAAUUAUUCUCCUCGUUUUAAAGACUCCAGAAGUCGCGGAAGAUUUCAGGGAAGAAGGAAUCAACAUAAUGAUGGAGGUUAUCAAUAUUUUCGCAAUUUUUCUUCUGAUCAUGUCAGAAAUGAAUACGAGCAGCCGGCUAGUUCCUACCCUAGCCUUAUGUCAACAUUCACAAGCUAUCAAUCUUCUAAUUAUCAAGAUGUUCCGCCGUUGAUGCAGCAAUAUGUACAAAGCCCAUACCAAACAUCGAAUAAACCUUCCUCAGCUGUUAUAAGCAAGUACAGUGACGGUUCUCGAAUUUCCUCGCGUACCAAUGACUCUAGUUUAAAAAGCAGUUCUUCGAUAUCUAGAAGUUAUGAUUCUCGAGCACAUGCUGCAGCUUGUGAUGAUUUUGUGCGUCGUGUUGCAGCGGGAAGAAGUGGAGCCGUGGCAUCAUCAUCAAGUCGUUCAAACGAUCGGUCACAAGGACGUGAGCACACAAGCCGAUCCUCAAGAUCUGAGAGAGAAAACAGACAUAGCAGAAGGUAGAGAUUAUCACAAAUUGUCCAAGUAUUUCUGGACAAGGGGAUGCCAACAUUCGUGAUUUUCUGAUUGAUUUUAACUGUUUUAUAUCACGGCAUAAAUUCAAUCGACCAAUGUUGUACCAUAUUGGGAAUGUUACUCAUCAUGAUUGCAAGUAUAUUCCCAACCCCCACUUGUGUGAUGUAAUUUCUUUCAGCUAGACUAAAUUGCAGAUUUACAGGCAGCAGGAAAAACUUGGCUACCAAUAUCUGACAAACGUUCAUGCUUAAACGAGUAAACUAUUUCGUGCUAUAUGUACCAUGUUUAUAUUGGCUAUCAAAUACAAAUCAAAAUUUUACAUGGAGAAGUCAUUCUAUGAAGAACAUUGCAACAUUCUCAUGAUAUUUUAUAAGUAUUUGCUCUUGAAAUUGUAACAUUUGGGCCUCUCACUUGAUUCUCAUUAAUCUAUAGUAAAUUUUAAUACCCAUUGCAUAUUAUACUUUUUCUAAAGUAUCCAGUUAUUAAAGGUAUACACAACUGAAUGUAUUCAUACACCAUCACUAUUUUGAACCCUAAAUUUUGUCGAAUUGAAUUCAUAAAUUGUUAAUGUUGCUCGGAGAUAUUGUCUUAAAUUCAACCUAAUGAUUUUCCUAUAUUCAUACAUAACUGAAUCAGAAUCUGUAUAAUGUCUAACAAACUCCUGCUCCACCUGGAUGUAGGUACCUGUGAUGUAGGUAUUAAUUUUUUGCCUCGUUCAUAUGCAAAGCGGCAUUUUUUGCAUACCUAUUUUAUCUUAUUAACCCUAGGAAAAUAAUGAAUCGAAAUCGUUUAUUUUAUUUCGGAUCUCAAAUGCAGAAGACUAUUCCGUCAGCCAAGUUUUCACUGCCUGCCAGUUUAUUUAACAAAACUCUCCUGUACUUGCUUUGCAACUUUGCAUGAAGAUUUUUUUGACAACAUGCUCUCCUAAAUUGGGACUAGUAGCUUACUCAAAAUGGGGAUCUUGAACUGUUAGUAGUGAACAAUUUUGAAUCUUGCUUCGCGUUUUUUUAGAUAACAUUUGUUUUAACCAUGUUAUGACUUUGUGUAUUCACACAUUUCGCAAAUCAUUGCCGAAAAUUUAGUGUCGUCGGUUACAUCGAUUGGUCAUUUUUAUACUGUACUGCCGAUACUUGUUAAAUACAUUUGUAAAAUUUGUGAAAAGA